AUGUGGCAGACAGUUACAUUAGUGGUGGAUUCAGUUGAAGGAAUUUGGGUGUCCCUCAGGGUACACUACUGCACCCCAUGUCAUUGGAUUCCAAGGCCACACCCUGUCCAUGAAAAAGGGCACUCCGGCGAGUCGGCGGUCUCACUCAAGUGCAUCAUGUCCCUCGCCGAGGCCAACCUGGGCUCGCUCUUGAGAGGUCUUCGCACGGACAUCGCCAUGGCCGUGCACGACGCCUUCCCUCUGGUUCACGGCUUGGCUGACAAGAACAUCAUCAGUGAGCAGAUGCUGAAGGACAUGGAGGCGGAGGCACGGCGAGACGGGAUCCACAAGGCCAUGUACUCUCUGCUCUCUUGGGUAUUGGAGCAGAGCACCUCCACCAUCAAGGCCUUCUGGAGGAACCUGAACAAGGCCUAUAACCUGGACAGCUAUCCCAAACUGCAAGCAUUGCUCCACAAAGCCAGUGAUGGCAAGAGGAAAAAGAGGAGCCGCGAGGAUAGAGAAGAUCAAUAUCGCGCCAAGACGAGCGCUGGAACUGCAGGGUCCUCCAAAAAGUCCAUCAAGCCGCCAGGAGACUUUUACAAAUCCAAAGCUGUCAUGGCAACCUUUCAACACCAGAGGGAGACAAUAGCAGCCUCUGGACAGAACCAUCACAACGACGACGAGUGCGCCGUGUGCAAAGAUGGAGGCGAGUUGAUCUGUUGUGACGGAUGUCCUCGAGCGUUCCACUUAACCUGCCUGGACCCUCCGCUGGCAUCUGUCCCGAGUGGUUCUUGGUGUUGUAAAGACUGCAGCGGCACAGGGCACCAAGUACAGAAAAGCCAACAUGCUUUGCAAUGGGCAGACUCGUGUGGUUUUUGUCACCUGGGAGGAGAGGACCUCAGUCGCUGCCUCCAGUGUUCCCAGCCUUACCACCACCACUGCCACUUCCCGCUCGGGACAUCCAUCUGUCUGUCAUGCUCCAUCGCAAAGGAAGCCAAAUCCUUACCACAGCGCGCCGGGAGUUCACUGUCGCAUUCUUUUAAGAGCGUCUUUGUUUUUUAUGAUGGCUUUACUGCUCCCACUUGCUUUCUUUGGAGGCAUGAGAUUAAUACAAUAACAACGGAGUCAGGCGACAUCCGGGCCGCGCGGUCAGGUUUUCUCGAGUCCUCCCGGCUCAUCUCGCGAGGUUCGACCUCCGAAUUUUGUUCGACAACUGAAGCAAAAAAAUCUCGAAUUUUUUGCUUGAAUUCCGAUUUGUUAGAGAACGGGGACGUUCGAAAACCGAGGUUUGACUGUAUUCUCCUUGAAAAAGGGGGCACAAUGACCUGCCUGCUUUUUACUGUUUUUCAGCUUCCCGCAUCGGUCCAUAAUCCAUGUGGCCACGAACAGAACUCAUCUGUACACAAAGACCAAUUGGAUGAAUUGGACUCCAUCCUUGGAGACGCGUCCCUGGAUGGCCUCCUGCAAUGGGCUUUUCACAACAUCCCUCAACCUCUUCACGGAGGCUAUCAGUGACUUGGAAUCAAUUUUGACAAUGACUGCUGACAACAAUUUAGUCAUUGUGCAAAAAAAAGACAAAUGUCUGUUUUAGAUUUUGGAUGAGAAAUUCUGCAAUAGAAGAAAUUGAAUUCUCGAAGCAUGUUUUUAGCAAUUUAUUUUUGCAGCGUGGUAUGUUUGAUUUGAGUCUCAUUUGGGUUGGGGUCAGGGGGUCCCGCCGGCCGUAUCUGCUUAAAGAAUUGCUUCCCUGCCAGGAGUUGCCAUUGGAAGUUGUCCUGGCGCCCGGAUGGCAGUUGCACAGUCUAGCGUUUAGCAAAUUGCCACUCACAUGGCGGGCAACAGAUGGUUUUAAUCCGGUGAGGUAUGAACGUACUGGAGGCCUCCAUCACGCGGGAAUUCCUCCAAGACUCCGAUGCGAGAUUUUGUUUUUGUCAUGCGAUUUUCAGAGUUUUAGCCUGACAUUUUUACACCACUCGGUAUAUGCGAAACAUGGGAGGCCAGAAAGGAGAGCUCAUCGGAUGGCGUCAGAAUGUGGAGCAAGUAUGCACUCGAUCCCUCAGUUCAGGCCAAAGAGCCGCCAUUGCAGCUGCGUACCAAACAUCUGCUAACAUACUUCUUGGCUGCAAAACUGCUGCUGCUGCUGCUGCUGCUGCUGGUGGUGGAAUGCAACAUUUUACAAUGACUUUGACUUUUACUUUGUGAGAACUUAAUAGCAUCCAUUUUUAUUUGCAUGUAUACCUUUAAGUAGAAGUAAAGAAUGAAAACAGUUAGUGCAUCAAAGGUCAUUUCUUUACUCUGCUCUUUCUGCUGUGUACAACCUGGCCUCCGGGGGCAGUCCAACACAACCGUGCUGUCAUGAUAUUUUGGCUUUGAAUUAGUUUUUGUAGUUGUGCUGUUGUUUCUUUUUUCCACGUCUGUCUCGUGAGGUCCUUGUUUCAUGGUUUCCCCCUGGCCUCUUAGGCCUUUGUGUUUUCCUAUCAGCUCCCUCAGCCACUUGUGCCUUGUCCAGGUGUUUCUCAAUGUUUUUAGUUCCCUGCCUUCUUUUCAGCUUUCAGUCACACACUUAAUCUUAUUUGAACUCAGUUUUACAGAGAUAAAAAUAUGUCUUAGUGACAUGAAA